AUGGCGUCGCAGGAGGGUAAGAGCAUUUCCGCCUACGGAGAAGCUCGCUCGACCGUGCAAGGCAAGCCUCUUAGUGCCGAGGAAGUCCGCAAGAUGAACGCCUACUUCCGCGCCAGUCUAUACCUUUGUCUGGGCAUGCUGUAUCUCCGCGACAACCCGCUGCUCAAGGAGCCGUUGGAACCGAAGCACCUUAAAGCCCGUUUGCUGGGCCACUGGGGAUCCGACGCCGGUCAAUCGUUUACCUGGCUCCAUAUGAACCGCCUGAUCAAGAAAUACGACCUCAAUGUACUCUUCGUGUCGGGACCUGGCCAUGGCGCCCCCGGAAUCAUUUCCCAGUCAUAUCUGGAAGGCGUCUACUCAGAAGUAUACCCUGACAAGAGCGAGGAUGCCGAGGGCAUGCAGAAAUUCUUCAAGCAAUUCUCCUUCCCCGGUGGCAUUGGCAGUCACGCCACCCCCGAAACCCCGGGCAGUAUCCACGAGGGUGGUGAGCUGGGCUACUCGAUCUCGCAUGCCUUCGGUACCGUCUUCGACAAUCCCAAUCUGAUUACCCUGACCAUGGUCGGUGAUGGCGAGUCCGAGACUGGUCCGCUCGCGACAAGCUGGCACAGCACCAAGUUCCUCAACCCGGUCGUCGACGGAGCGGUGCUGCCGGUUCUUCAUCUCAAUGGCUACAAAAUCAACAACCCUACAGUCCUCGCACGUAUCAGCCACGAGGAGCUGACCGCGCUCAUGGCCGGCUACGGCUGGAAGCCUUACUUCGUUGAGGGCAGCGAUCUGGAUACCAUGCAUCAGGCCAUGGCAGCCACCCUGGAGAAAUGUGUUCAAGAGAUCAGAGAGUAUCAGCAGCAGGCUCGCUCAUCGAAGAAGCCAUUCCGUCCCCGCUGGCCCAUGAUUGUCCUUCGUUCUCCUAAGGGAUGGACAGCCCCCCGAGACGUCGAUGGCAAGCUUCUCGAGGGCUACUGGCGGGCGCAUCAGAUCCCAAUCACCGACGUCCUGACCAACUCCGCUCAUCUCAAGGUUCUGGAGAACUGGAUGCGAGGCUAUAAGCCCGAGACUCUCUUCGACGCAAAUGGCAAACUGAUCCCGGAAUUGCGAGAACUUGCUCCGACCGGCAACUUCAGGAUGAGUGCCAACCCUGUCGGGAAUGGUGGUCUCCUGCGCAAGCCGCUUAUCAUGAAUGAUUUCCGCGAGUAUGGUUUCAAGGACAUUGUCUGUGGAAAGACUAUCAAGGGUGGCAUGGCCAAUAUGGCGAAGUUCCUGCGCGAUGUUGUCGGCAGGAAUAUGAACAAUUUCCGUCUUUUCGGUCCUGACGAAACUGAAUCCAAUAAGCUUGCCGAGGUCUACAAGGCUGGUAAGAAGGUCUGGAUGGGAGACUACUUCGAGGAAGAUAAAGACGGCGGCAACCUUUCCCCCGACGGUCGUGUCAUGGAGAUUCUCAGCGAGCACACCUGCGAGGGAUGGCUGGAAGGCUAUAUUCUGUCUGGACGUCACGGUCUACUCAACAGCUACGAGCCCUUCGUCCAUGUCAUCGACUCGAUGGUCAACCAGCACUGCAAAUGGAUCGAAAAGUGCCUGGAAGUCGAAUGGCGCGCUAAGGUCGCCUCGCUCAACAUUCUCAUCACCGCCACCGUCUGGCGACAAGACCACAACGGAUUCACCCACCAAGACCCUGGCUUCCUCGAUGUCGUCGCCAACAAGAGCCCCGAGGUAGUCCGCAUUUAUCUCCCGCCAGACGGCAACACUCUCCUCUCCGUCAUGGACCACUGCCUCCGCAGCGUGAACUACGUGAACGUCGUCGUGGCCGACAAGCAAGACCACAUCCAAUUUCUCAACAUAGACGAAGCCAUAGCCCACUGCACCAAGGGCCUGGGAAUCUGGGACUGGGCCAGCAACGACCAAGGCAGCGAACCCGACAUUGUCAUCGCCUCCUGCGGCGACGUCUCGACCCACGAAGCCCUCGCCGCCACCGCGCUCCUUCGCGAGAACCUGCCCACUCUGAAAAUCCGCUUCGUGAACGUCAUUGACCUCUUCCGACUCAUUUCUGGCAUCCACCACCCCCACGGGAUGCCAGAUAGACAGUGGAAGGCCGUCUUCACCGAUAACAAGCCGAUCAUCUUCAACUUCCACUCGUACCCGUGGCUCAUCCAUCGUCUGACCUACAAGCGGCCCGGCCAGCACCAUCUGCAUGUGCGAGGAUACAAGGAGAAGGGCAAUAUCGAUACGCCGUUUGAGUUGGCGAUGCGCAAUGGUACCGAUCGGUAUAGUCUCGCUAUUGAUGCGAUUGAUUUGAUUCCUUCCCUCGGUAAUACUGCCUCCAGUGUAAGGGAGAAACUGAUUAAUGCCCGGAUGGCCGGUAAGAUGGAGGCGUAUGAGAAUGGAGUUGAUCCUGAGCAUAUUCGGAACUGGACUUGGCCGUUUGGUAAGAACUAG